GACGGACGCGUUGGGAAUGGUGUGCGUCUGUUUCGGCAAACAAGUGGCUUUCAUAGUACUCUAUGAGCUCAUUUACUCUAUCCUGCUCAUGUACGCAGGGCCGGUCCUUGUAGCUUUGCAUUUAACCGUACCUGUCUUACGAUCUUAUUGGUAUCGUUGCCUACACUAUACUUUUAUGGUAACAUCAUUGUCGCAGCCCUUAUUUUUGGUGUGGUUUCUUCUUCGAGUUGAUCGCGUAACCGAUAAAGGUACCGCCACGGUGAAACGCAUUCAUUCUCUUUGGAACGUACCUCAAAUUUCAGAGGCGCACAUAGGCCAGCUAGAACGUUUUGCUGCAGCUGUAACUCGACGUCCGAUUCGGGUUAAUCUAUCUGGACUGAUGACUUCACGCCUCAGCAGCCUCAUAGUGCACUGUGGGGAGGACAUCAUGGAGUGCUCAGAUCCCAAGCUAGGACCGUCUGUUCCCGUCGUGCGGCUGGUUCGUUUGGAGUCCAGAGAGUUACAGCACAGUUCAAAGGUCUUCGUGGAAUGCGGUGAUCCCAAGCUAGGGCCUUCUGUCCCAGUAGUACGGCUGGAACGUUUGGGGUCCAAUGAGCUUUCCCAGUGGAGCGGUAGCAACUGGCACACGCUGCCGGCGGACGUCGUCGUGCAGGUCCUGAAGUAUCUGUCCAACUCGGGCGUCGUGUCGGUCGGGCAGACAUGUUUUGCUUGGCGUUCUGCAGCUAAAAUGCCUUUCGUGUGGGCACAUCGCAGCCUGUCCUACCGUUCCCACAGCCGCAGUUGGCACACGGAUGCCCAACACUUUGCUCGAGUCAUCAGGUUUGCGCCCCGCCUCGCAAGGGUCAUUUGUCACUUCGGCAUGAAGCCUGCAGCAAAGAAAGCUAUCAACACUCAAUCCAAGUGUCAGGUCCGAUGCGCAGACCUGAAUGGCCGUCUGAAGUGGUCAUCCAGUUACAUCACCCGUCAAAGGGACAACCUGGAGGAGCUGUCCCUCGUGAACCCCACCGAGGACGUCUUGAAGCUGACUCUGGAGCUGCCGCACCUCAAGGCGCUCACUGUACUGUACAAACUAGCACACCCUAAAUGGGAGAAACAGUUUCUCAACUACGACGUACCCACGCUGCCCGACGACUCCGUGGGAAACGGCACGGUCACGAAGCUCCAAUGCGGUACCUAUGUCGCCCUUGCGGCAGUCAACUCCUUGGUGCGGAUCCACGCGACGUCCCUGGAAGAAGUGUCGGCGCAUUGCCUGCCGCUGGCCGUGAGCGAGUGCGCGUCGCUUCGCCGCCUCACUGUGAAGCUGAACCCCGUCAAGGAAGUGGACCAAAGGAAUCUGCGCACCGCGCUUCAGGGCAAGAAGCUGGAAACACUGGCAUUCAAGGGUGGACCAUCUCACGUAAAGAACGCGUGCCAGACCUUUCGUCAAGGGCUGGAGAGGGACGGCGUUUCCAAGACGCCGGUGACGUGCGACGGAUGCAUCGCUCCAAGGGCUCCCCAAUGGGGGGUGCUCCCCGACUACAUGUACGACCCCAUGGAUGAGUACGACUGACACGAGCCAAUGAAAUCUGUAUUCCCCAACGUUUCAAAUUUUGUUUUCAAUUUAAGUUGUGCCUAGUUACGAUCGACUCUAUUCGGCUUUAGUCCUGGUUGCCACUGUAAAGCCUUUCUUAUGGUUUUCCAUUGUAGUUCUCUUACACAUUUAAGUUGUAUGAAAUAUGGUUCUUAGCGAACCCGUAAAUGUAGAAUGUAAAGAUUGUCGUCGUUUUGAACCAAUGUAUUUUCUUUUAUUAAGAUUGACGAGUUAAGAUUUACGUGUAUUAAAUAAAUCUAUUGUUCACCUUG